GCAAGGUGUUGCUUUGCUAGAACUUGCCCGGCAAAUUUGUUUGACACGACAUCAUUUGCAUUAGAGCAACGUCUUCGCUUGCAGCCUGUUGCGAUGUCUAAGAGGAAAGGCGUAAGCGCUGAAGAAAAGCGACAACGGAUGCUACAGGUCUUCUACGAAAAGAAAGAUGUGUUUCAACUAAAAGACCUCGAGAAAAUCGGUCCCAAGGAGAAGGGUGUCAUAGCACAGGCGGUUAAAGACGUCGUCCAGUCCUUGGUCGACGACGGCCUCGUGGACUCGGAGAAGAUUGGCACGUCAGUCUACUUCUGGUCUUUCCCCAGCAAAGCUGUCAGCACGAGGAAACGUAAAAUAGAUGAGCUGAAGACAAAAGUCGAGGAAGCGCAGAAGAAGCUUAAGUUUUUUGAAAAUCAGCUGGCCAAGGCUCAAGUGGGAAGGGAGGACUCGUCCGAACGAGAGGAACUGAUGACCAAACUGAGCGAGUUGGAGCGCGACCGUGAUGAGGUUGCAGCUGAGCUGGAAAAGCACAAGGACUGCGACCCAGAGGUUCUGGAAGAGGUGAAGAAGCAGACACUGGUUGCGAAGGAGGCCGUCAACAGGUGGACAGAUAACAUAUUUUCCAUCAAGUCCUGGGUAAAGAACAAGUUCUUCAUCGAAGAGUCUGUGCUCAACAAACAGUUCGGCAUCCCGGAAGAACUGGACUAUGUUUAAACAUCGCGAAGAAAAAGAAAACAUAUAACUUUAUUAUCCGCAUACAGAAGUAAUAUUUAACGGAAUUUCAUCAGCUGUCGCUCUUUGCUAUUACGGCUGACGCAACAGCUGUUGCGUCAGCCGUAUUACUCGACGCUUGAAAUGUAAAUAAAGAUGUAUCAGUGUGUU